AUGAGCCUGGAGAAUGAUGCCGAGUACCUGGCUUUAGCCCAACGGAGAGAAGAGCUUCUUGCACAGAUGGAAGCAAGGAAAGACCAGGAGCGGGAGGAAAAAGCAGUGGCGGCAGUAGCUGCCAUUGCGCCUGAGUGGAGCCGACCAAUGACAGGAUCUGAGCUAUUCCGUCUGCAGAACGCAGAGACACAGUGUGUAGACUCACCUUCACCCAGCCAGGACCAAGCACCGCAGGGGUUUCAAGGGGGCGUGCAGGAUGUAGAGGCGUCGGGGGGGGAUGCCAGCAAGCCAGAAAGUGAGCCAAGCCAUCACCCAGCAAGCAACUCACCGGAGGGCUUCGAAGGGUUGCAGGUGGAUGCCGGCAAGCCAGAAAGUGAACCAAAGGGGGUUCAAGAUGCACCAGAGCAAGCCCCACCACCAUCACAGCGUGUCGAGGAUCUUGCAACGAAACCGAAGCAGGGUUCAGCGCCAGAGGGGAAGGAGCGGGGGUCAAUGUGUGGCAAGACAGGAAAGCCUGCCCCAAAGAGUGGCACGGGAACACCGGGCAGUGCGCUCCAGGAGAAGUACAGGGAUGCGUAUGUGGACCCAAGGGAAAAAGCCCCCCCACCACACCAGCACGAAAGCAAGUUCCUCAAACGACUUCGCCGAGUUUGCACGCCAAAGGAGAGCGGAGAGCUCAAAGUACCACAGGAAGUGAUCAAAGACUUUCAGAAUCUUGAGUCAAGAGCUCGUGUGCUGCAGCUGUUUGAGAAAGUGGGCUAUGAGCCUGUGCGCUGGGCAGCUUUCAUCCGCAAAACGAAAAGGAUGUAUGAGGAGAUUCGGGAAACUACGGUCCAGACAGAGUAUGAGUUUUUGACAGAAGAAGAGAUGGAGGAGUUGGGUUGGUCAGAGUGCCUCGACUAUUUGACUGGGAAGAAGAGAAAGAAUGCCAAGAAAUUCUGCGAGCAGCGCAAGGGCUACACGAGGAAGUCCGACUAUGGCGGCGACAUGAUGUACUGGGUAGCUGUGAAGAUCAAGGGGGUGGACAAGAAGACGAAGCGCAGUGUGGUGCAAGAGCUGCUGGAGGGCGACGUGGACUCCGACGACCCAAUGCCUGAGCAUACAGAUGGGCCCCCGGUGCUCGAGCAGCUAGAGGAAUCAGGCGGUGGAGCUGAUGCUGCUGGCCAGGAGAACGAAGACGAGGAGGAUGAAUCCUCGGAUGAUGGUGCAGAGGCCACAGCACUGCUGAAGAAGGUGCAGUUCCCAGACCUAGAGAAAGAGAAGAUGCUGGAAAACCUCAAGAAGACAUUGGCCGAUCUAUCAAAGGUUGAUGAUGACAUUUCGGCUAUUCGCAGCAAAGGUAAGGUCUUGCUACCCUACUAUCCUCACCCUGACAGGGCGAUCCAAGUGGAGGUCUAUGAUCAACGUGAAGACACCGAGGAUGUGGAGCUCGGGCGAGUGGAGAUGUACGCUGAAAUGCUCGGCGACGGUGCAGCAAGCGCCAGAGACACCAAGAGGUGUCUUUGCCAGAUGAGGUAUCAUCACAGCGAUCACGCGAUAUUCGCGCAGGAUGGCAUCAAGCUGUCAAACACUCUGCCCCUCAUCCUGUUUUCAGACGAAGGGAAGGGCCCGAAACGCGGGAACUAUUUGCUCUUCACAAUCGAGUCUCCAAUUGGUUUGUCAGAGGUGGAGGCGGGGCAACCCUGCUCAUGCUCUUCGCAUGUGGCGCGGACUCCAGCAGAGUUUGUGCCACAGUGCUACGGGGCACCAGCUGCUUCCGACGCAACCGAAGAGGCUGCAAAGCAGACGACAAAUAUUAAAGGACAUUCUGCUUUGACCAGACAUGUUUUGUUUGGCCUUCCUGACUGGGUCUACAAGCACCAUGGUUUUAUCCUCGACGACAUGAUGGGCGUCGUGGCGCAAGAGUUGGAAUAUUUGUUCAAGAACGGCUUUGUUGUCAAGGGCAAAAGGUAUUGGGUGGCCCUUGUGGGAAUCAAGGGAGACAUGAAACAAAUUGCAGAAAAAAUCUGCAAUUUGACAAGGUCGUAUGCCCAUCUGGGCAAAGUUCACCAUUAUGGUAUCUGCAGCCAUUGCAUGGCGGGUACAACAGCUGAUGUUCCAUGGGAUGAAAUAAGCCACGACCCCUCGUGGGCAAGAACAUUGUUUGCAGCACGCCCGUGGCGCGAGGAUCCUGUGUUGUGCAGCCUUCCUCCUUUCGAUGAGGCCGCGCCAGAAGCUGUGCUAAAGCAUGAUGUGUUCCAUCUAUUCAAGGUAGGCCUUGGCCGCGAUCUGUGCGGAGCAACUGUGUUGCUUGCGAGGCUCGGGCAUUACGACUUCAAUGUUGGCGAGUCAAAAGAGCUCAAUGCGCGAUUGCAACGUGCAUAUCAACAUUUCAGGCUUUGGGCCCUUGCCGAACACACGGCGCCUGCUUGCAGGUAUUUUUCUGACAGUCUCUUCAACCUCAAAAAACUCGCAGACUAUGCGUGGGCCAGCACCAAAGGCUCGGACACCGUCCUCUUCUUGAAAUACGUCCAUUUUUAUGCCAGCCUCAUCUUGCAGAACCCGGACAUUUCAGAAGACCACCGACGCCUUUUGCGGCUUCUUUGCAAGACAAUCAAGUCGUCCCAGGCUGCCCUCCACAUCAUAUACUCGCAUGGACUCUGGCUGGAUCGUGUCUGUGCGCAGAGUUUGUACCUCCACCUCAUGAAGUUGCUUGCCGGAUACCAAGCCCUUGCGGCCCGAAGCCUCGCUAUGCGCAUGUCAUUUUUCUGCCUCAAGCCCAAAUUCCACGGGCUACACCAUCUAGCAUACGACCUCAAGGAGGCAUUGCAUGGACCAGGGCCCUUGAUCUUAAAUCCCGCCACAUGGGCUUGCGAUCAAAACGAAGACACGAUCGGGAAAGUCUGUUCCCUCACGUUGAAAGUAUCGGUACGAACUAUCAACCGCAGAGUGCUUCAGCGACAUUUCCUGAAGAAAUGUGCUGUGAUUCGCCGUCACAAGAACGAGCGCCGGGCCUGUGGCCUUCCUUGCACAUCUUGA